UAUGUAAAUAAAAUAAUUUGUGACACAUUUAUUAUUUAUGUUUUUACAGUGUUAUCAAUCCUUAGAACAGUUAACGUUCGGUCUACGAUCUACGAUGUCAGUAUUGUCUAUAGAUACAUCCGUCUCUAUCAAAAUUACCAAUCACUGAAUGCGGAUAUUAAUGAAAUAGCGACGAGAGAUCAACGCGGUAGAGAGCGAGGCGAAUUGUAUAGCUAUAUCUGCGAAUCAUUUGGUUAAAAUUCACCAUUCGUCCCUGAAGAAAAAGAAGCACAGAACUUUACGCGCGCACGACAACGGGAGAGAGCAAAAAAGAGACGCGGAUGAUGAUGAGCUUCAGGCUGAUAGGAGGCCAGGAUGAUGCGAACGAUGUAUCACCAUCCGGGAAAUUAAUGUUGAAAUAUGAUCCUGGAUGAACGAUAUGCGGCGCCCAAGCGGGACCAAUAGGGACCAACGAGGAAACACGCAGUGGCGAAGAAGAGGAUUGCACGAGAGAGGAGGUUGUUACGAGGUCGAUUAAUGAAUCAUCGGACGAAAUAGUAAGGUGACGAGAAUAUCGGCGCAACAAAUUGGACAGUGAGCUGAAGAGAUGAGUGAUGAAAGGGAGUAGCUUAGGAGGAAUGAUUGGAAAGCGAAUAUAAAUACGAUACAAUCUCAAUUAACAUGCGACAGAACAGUUGUGCGACGAAGAAUCAAGCGGAGUGUAAAGAAGGACGAUGAAUCGUGAGGGAGAACUUAAAAAUGUAGGAUGCAGAGACAGAGGAAGAAAAAGAGAGCGAAGAAGAAAGGAAAUACGCAGGAUGAUAAAUGAAUUCCGCGUACGAACGAAUGUCGGGAGUAUCGAAUCGUGUCACGAGCAAUUACCAGGAAGUAUUAAUUAACUCGUACGAUUGCGAUUAAUCAAGCUUCGACAGUCUGCAACCGAUGGGGUACGCCGCUUUGCCGCUUUUUCUCCGGAUCUAUUAAUUCAUCGAACAUUCUGAAGAGAUGGUUAUAGGAGUCGCGCGCGGAUCGCGCGAAGUUCGCCGCGCUUAGCACAACUUCAAGCGCUACGUCACAGCGAACUACUUCACUACAUACCGCGAAUAUCGCGAGUGGCGCACGGUUAUUUAUUGUCGUUAUUUAUCCGUUGUUAUUUAUGCAACCGGCUGUGUAGUGCGCGCAAUCGGUGUCGGGAGUGCCGUACAAAGUAACGGGCGAUCGUUCUAUCGUAUUAUUUAUGCGCGAAAUCGAAAUCAGUAGUGCCUGGUCGAUGAAAAUGCAUCUGGGCGAAGCGACGCAACAAUCAACGAGAAUAUGGCAGCGUUUCAACGACUGGAACGAGGCUUUCUGAAACGACAAUCAACGAGACGUAAAAUCAACGAAAAUGCGGACGUGUUUCAACGACCGCUUGUUGCAGUACUCCGUUCCUACGCCACUGCGAGGGUACAUACGUGGAUACGGUACGAGAACGCCGGCCAUCCGGCGCGGCGCGAGAGGUCGAUCGAUCUCUCUUUCGUCGUUGCUUGGCCACCGUGUCGCUGCCACGCCACUCCGCGAUACCCACAUCGCCGUCGAGAGAUAGACUCCAUGGUGGGGACCGACAGUGUCAGUUUACGAUGGUGGUGCACCGGCGACGGAUGUGGCUGGUUCUCCGGGGUGUGGCGUGCGAAGUGAGAGCCCUUUCCGCACGCGCCGCCUUCGCCGCAUGAAUAUGUGCGCUCACGCACCGGCUCCGUCCAGGUCACGUGACCCGCCUCGGCGGGGGCACCAAGAGAGGACAGAGGCCUGGAGGAUAGAGGCUCCGUUCGAGCGUACGCCAAAAGGCCCCGCCUAAACAGCCGGUCGAUACUGCGCGCGCAAAGAACGGCCGGCUUAUUGUAAGGCUGCAUCACGCUGCGCGUGAUACCACAGCUGCGCCCUGCGUGGCUACAGAGUGGUGGGGUAGUCGGUGCGCGUGGGAGGAAGAACGACGGUCCAGUGGAGUCCGGGAAGUCGAGCAGCGCAGACGCGUUGUAUCGCUGCGCCGUUUCUUCGUCAAUCAAAUAGCAGUAAUAAUAAUUCGGAGCAACGAGAGACGAUAUUAUCGAAACGACGUGGUGACGUGAUCGUGAAAUUGUCGGGCAAGUCUAGGCGAUAAUCGGAGCUCGUGUAAUUCAUUAGUAUACGUUCGGUGGGAGGUGGAGAACGCCUCCUCUCUCGUUGCCGCAGAUCAUCAUGUUGACACGAACGAACGCCUGAUGACAGAAAGAGGGCGAAGUGGUGAAGAGAGGACAAGAAGGGACUAGAGUGUCGACGCGGAAAGUCUGAUAUGCCUUGUCGCGAGUGAGGGUGUUGAUUUUACUCGACUUUUCCAGAAAGGAGUAAAAGUGGACAAUUUUUUUUCGAAAGUGACGUAAACCGCGACGGGGUCGCGGAUCGGUCGGGAGUAAUCAAAGACUAUAAACGCGUAAGAGUAAGUGUCAUCGGGCGCGCGAGGAGGGAUGCCUACGAAGGGGGAGAGGGGAAAAGCGACGGACUUCAGCAUCGCGGCCAUCAUGGCGCCCAGGGGUUCGUCCUUCGGGCAUUACCACCUGCAGGGCAUCAGCAACGCUGCUGCCACCGCCAACACCAACCUGGAAUGUCCAACUGGCAAAGGAUUCGUGGCUGAUUCGACGCUGGAUCAUCCUGUUCGAGCGUCACCGGUGAACAUUGUCGCGACAGCGACGGUUGUGACGGAGGAAGCUCUUCUCGGUGACGAGGAGACCGAGAAUUGCGAAAGCGAGUCCGCCAAGUCUGCGAACGAGGAGGACGAGGAAGUGGACGUCGAUGUUGAAGAGUGCAGCAGCGUCGACGACGGGCCGGUCCACGGGGUGCUGGCUGACGAUCUCGUCAGUAUCGGGAAGCCGUCUUCGCGGAAGUGCAGCGCGGAUGGAUGCAACUUGGACGAGAAGAAGCAGCAACGUCUAAGGACCAGCUGCAAUUCCGACGAGCUACGUGACGUCGAGUGCCAGCUCGAGACCAAAGAGCUCUGGGAUAAGUUCAACGACCUCGGCACGGAGAUGAUCAUCACGAAGACCGGCCGACGAAUGUUUCCAACGUGCCGCGUGUCUUUCAAGGGACUUAAGUCUGAAGGUCGUUACGCAGUGUUGAUGGAUAUUGUGCCGGUCGACAAUAAGAGGUACCGAUACGCCUAUCAUCGUAGUUGCUGGCUAGAAGCCGGCAAAGCAGACCCGCCGGCGCCCGCGCGACUUUAUGUUCAUCCCGAUUCUCCCUUCACCGGCGAGACGUUGCGGAAGCAAGUCGUCUCCUUUGAGAAGGUGAAGCUGACCAAUAACGACAUGGACAAACAUGGCCAGAUCGUGCUAAACUCGAUGCACAGGUAUCAGCCGAGGAUACACUUGGUCCGCUGUCGACACAACGACGACAACGGCCUGCACAUCAGCGACCUCCAGAAGGAGGAGCACAAGACGUUUAUCUUCCCGGAGGCCAUUUUCACCGCCGUCACGGCGUAUCAGAAUCAGCUGAUAACGAGACUGAAGAUCGAUAGUAAUCCGUUCGCCAAAGGUUUUAGGGAUUCGUCGAGACUCACCGACUACGAAAGAGAUCCUAUGGAACUGAUGGAGCAACAACUGGUGAGAUGCGGCGUCGCCCCGAUGAGACUCUACGAGCAUCUCGCGAUCUCGUCCUCGUCGGCGGCGGUCGCCGCGGCACUGAAUGUCCAGCAGCAGCAGCAGCAGUCGCAGCAUCAUCAGCCGUCCGCGCAGCAACAGCAACAAUUAAACGAGAACGCGUUGUCGCCCUGGCUACCGUCGACGGCGCUUUUGUAUGGCGCCAGGGGUGCCGCCGGCUCGCCCUCGCCCUAUUCCAGCGCCGCGGUCGCCGCCGCCGGCUUCCCUUACUCGGCGGCGCUGCCGUGGCCCUGGCAACCACCGCCACCACCCCCAGUCGCGAUGAUCUCGCGACGAUCCUCUCCCACCGCUCCCUCAGUCAGAUACGCGCCCUAUCCACCGAGGGCCAGUACACCCCCGCCGCUGCGGACACGCCCGUCCACCCCCAAUUAGCGAUCCCCGCCGACUCGUCGACCACGACAUUGUCGUUCCUCCUCCAUUUGUCUGUGAUCAGGGAAUCGGAAUCGAGCCCAUAUUCCGAUGGUUGAGCAUGCGUUUGAUCAUCGAUUCGGAUCGCGAAUGACGACGCAAUGUGGAAGUAAGUGACACUUCUUCAAUUGUUAUAUGGUUAUAUACGAAUAAGGCAAUCUGAAUCGGAUAAUUAAAAUGGCAGUGUCAAUAUUUUAAACGCGUCUAAACUGCUUAUAUUAUAUUGUACAAUAUAACAAUAUAAUAUAAUAUAUAUAAU